CCCUAGCCACCUUCUCCUCCCGGCUGAGAACCUGGAGAGGCCACGCCGGCGGUGAGGAUUUAUUUUGUCGUCCCCUUUGAGAAAUCGGGGGAAAUCUGGAUUCCCAGAUCCGAGGAGCUGCUGCUGAAGGGAUCUCCCGUUGUUGAACAGCUGCUGAAGCCGGCGCCGAACUGUGCUGCUGAAACUCUUGCUAAUACUACUACUGAAGCCGCUGUGUGGUUAGAGUUUCUGAUUUUCUUAUUUUUUUCGCUAACGCAUGGCUGGAACUCCAGAAGACCUGGGGAUACUCGGUUCUCAGAACGGAGAGCUGCAGCUGCAGCUGUUGCAGCCCUCAGAGACUUCGAGCCCAACUGCUGACAGAAUUGAACUCAAUGAAGUGCCCACAGAUGCCGAUGUAGUCGAGCUCCCAAUACACAACCUGGACAAAGUGGAGGAUGCUUGGGGGUUUUGCCUCAUAGCAUAUUUUCCAACAAGAAUAACAGGCAACGCAGUGGGUUUUAAGCUUUGUGAUUCCUCAACGGUAACUUGUUCUUAUUCAGUUCACUCCAGUGGCUGGAUAAUCUUCAAAUUCGACAAUGGAGAGGAUAGGGAUGAUGUGCUGAAUGCAGGGCCAUUCUUUGUGUCUGGCAAACCCUUGUUGCUGAAGAUCAUGCCAAAAUUUUUUAAAUUUGACGACCAUGAGAUUAAGUGUGUCCCGGUUUGGAUUAUGCUGCCAUGUUUACCUCUGGAAUGCUGGAAUGCCAUAUGCUUGAGCCGGAUUGUAUCCAAAGUAGGUAAACCAUUAUACACGGACACGAAGACCUGCACAAAAGAAAAUGUAGAUUUUGCUAGGGUACUCGUUGAAGUUGAUGCUUCAAAGGAACUAGUCCGGAAUGUUAAGAUCAGAUUACCAAAUGGAGAAUAUAAGCAAAGGGUGGUCUUUGAAUAUGAACCUAAAUUUUGUACAAAUUGUAAAAUGUUUGAGGACAAUGUUAGCAAUUGUUUGCAGCUGAAAGAGAGCAUUCCCACCACCCUCGGGAGUGACUCUAUACAGCAAAGAAUAAAGGAGGAAGAUGGGGAGUUGGGACCUAAUGUGAAACAAAUUGAUCUGUCAACAUCCCAGCUGAUGAAUGCCGCAAAGGAAAAAAAUAGGGAGGAGCGUAUAACAGCAACCAAUGUCGCAACAGGAACAAUAACAACCAGCAGAAUGGAUGAGCAAUUUCAGCAAACGCAGCAGUCAACCAGACAGAAAGCAGCUGAAAAGAAUAUAACGAGCUCGAAGGCUGUGAACUCAACUCAGAAUGAGCCAUUCACUUUCCUAGAACAUGAUGAACAGCUAGAUCAAGCAGCAGAUGUAGAAAGCAAGGUGCAAGCUAAAGGAAAAAUGGUAAAUCCACAAGGUCCAUCAAAGCAAAAGAGGUGGAGGGUGGUUCAGGCCCUUUCCACAUCUCCAAGAAGCUAGUCUGUUGGAAUAUAAGGGGCCUAAAUCUGCCCCUUAAAUAAAAUGGGGUGAGACACCUCAUUAAGGAGUACAAACUUAGUUGAGGGAAACUAGAACAAGUUAUGAAUAAUAAAUUCUUGGUCUGGAAUCAGAUAAACAACUUUCAGGAGGCUUCCAGAGGCGAGAGGAGGAAGGAUUUUGAUACUAUUGAACCUGACUAGAGUUUCAUUGGAAGUACAGGCCAUGGACCGAUAAGCUAUCCAUUGUAAGGCGAGCUGUAAGGUCUCUAUGGGAAAGACUCAGAACCAAGGGUGUCAGAUCAGAACAUCCAUGGAUUGUAGUGGAGAAUUUUAACAAUGUUACCACUCCAAAAGGAAAAAUUUAACCGUGCAAAUGUGAUAGCCUAUGAGAUCAGAGAUAUAAUAGAGUGCUUUCGCAUCUGUGGGAUACUUUCACACAUGGUCGAACAAAAUUUGGUGUAAAUUGGACGAAGUAUUGCUUAAGCAAGGAUGGUUGCCAGUGGACUACUGUGAACUUCACAGGCAAUUUUUUCUAUCUCUAAGGUGCUUAUUAGACCUCUCAUUUUGCUUGGUGUCACUUUUUCAGCUAAAGAAUCAAAGAAGACCCCCUUUAAAUUCUUGAAUAUGUGGAUAAAGCAUACAGAUUGUUCGACUGUGGUGCAAGAGGUGUGGAAUCAACACUGGAGUGGGACACGAGAAUUAUCUUUUGCAAGAAGCCGAAGUUUGAACCCUGAAGUCACUGAACAAAGAGCAUUAUGGUCAUACAUUAUCUGAGGGAGCUAAGCAAAUUAGGAGCUAAAGGAACUGCAGUCGCUAUGUGAUGACUAGCUUGGGAAUCCGAGGUCGCAGCAGGGUGUAGCUGAAUUGAGAAGGAAGGUAUACUCAGCAAAUCUGAAAAAUCAAAACAUUUCCUCUACUUCUAGUGUUUUGUUUCUUCUCCUUCUAUGUAAUAGUUCAAACAAAUAUCUUGGAGAAACUAUAUAGUUUUAGAGAGUACUGCUCUCAUCUUGACAGUUAAA